CGCCAUGCGGACGCUGUGGGCGUGGUGCGCGCUGCUGCUGCUGGGAGCCAGCUGGGGACCGCCCAGCGCUGCUCCGUUUGUCCUGCCCAUCACGCUGGGCGCCAUCUACGCGGCCGACCCUCUGCGCGUGGCCCGGUGCGGCGUCGGCGAGUUCCGCUGCACCGACGGCAGGGCGUGCCUGCAGGCCACCUCGCGCUGUGACGGCCAGCGGGAUUGUCGCGACGGCUCUGACGAGCUGGCUUGCGUCGAGUUCACCCGCUCGCCGGAAGAGGUCAAGGCCCAGUGCGUGGCGCCGAACCUCUGGUGCGGCUUCUGCGUCUUCGCCGAGUGGAAGUGCGACGGCGAGGUGGACUGUCUGGACGGCGCGGACGAGGCCGGCUGCCCUGACGAGCGGGACUGCGCGCCGAAAGCGGCGGCCGCCUGCCGGGCCGGCCAGUUCCGCUGUUCGGACGGCGGCCGCUGCGUGGAGGCGGCGCGCGUCUGCGACACGCACACCGACUGCGCUGACGCCUCUGACGAGGGCGCCGGCUGCGCGCGACGCGACGCGUGCCGCAACGGCACGUGUCCGGAUGCCUACAACUGCGGUCGCGUUUGCUACGCCCGCUGGUGCCGGUCCGGCCACGAGCGCUUGCUGGCCGUGGCCGGCGACCUGGCCUCGCGCACCGUCUACUGGAGCUUCCGCGCCGAGAGCGGCCUGAGUGGCGUGCGACGGCGCGCCGACUUCCAGAGCGCCAACGCCGAGCCAUUCGUGCUGAGUGGCCAGGGCACGGUGGAAGCGCUCGCCUGGGAGUGGGUGGCGCGCGCGCUGUACAUGGCCGACGUCGACCGACGCCGCCUGGCCGCCUGCAACUGGCUGGGCCACUGUGCCGUGGUGGACCCGGCCGCCGGACGACUGUACUGGUCCGACGCCGACCGCCGCCUGCUCGAGAGCGCCCGGCUCGACGGCUCUCGGCGCCGCCCCGUGCCAGAGCUGCUCGUGCGUGCGCCGUUCUCGCUGGCCGUGCUCGGUCCCCGGCUGAUCUGGUCCGACUACGACGCCGAGGAGGUGCACGGCUGCGACAAGGACACGGGCAAGAACCGCAGCGUGGUGCUGAAACGCGCCGAUCGCUGGUCGUACCGGCUGCAGGCGCUGCACAGUUCCCUGCAGCCGCCUCUGGACAACCCGUGCGUCGCGGCGCGCUGCGCCCAUCUCUGCCUGCUCUCGUCGACGACCGCCGCCGGCUACCGCUGCUUCUGCGCCGAGGACAUGGAGCUGGCAGCCGACGGCUUCAGCUGCCUGCAGGGGAACGCCAGCCGGGUGGUAGUGGCCGGCUCGGAGCACCUGCUGGACGUGUCUGUGAACGUGCUGGGCGGACCGGGCGCCGCCCAGCUGACCGCGUUCCCCGCGCGCAUGGUGACCGCCGUGGCGCUCGACUACCUGCCGUCGGAGGGCGGCGCGCUCAAUCUCACGCUGCUCUACGCCGACGCGGCCGCCGACAAGAUCUUCAGCUGCGACCUGGACGAGCGGCGGCGGCGCGUGCUGAUCGGCGGCCACGUGACAACCGUGGUCGGGCUGGCAGUCGACCCGGUGCGCGGCAACGUCUACUGGGCCGACUCCGCGCGCGGCGUAGUGGAACUGUUCGCCUGCCGCUCCGGCGCCUGCCUCCAGCGCGCCUGGCUCUGUGACGGCUCGCCCGACUGCCCGGCCGGCGACGACGAGCUGGACUGUCCCGAGCGGCGCGCCGUCACCUGCGGGCCGGGGCACUUCAACUGCUCCUCGGGCGAGUGCGUCUCGGCCGUCCUGCGCUGCGACGGUGCGUCUCACUGCGGCGACGCCAGCGACGAGCGCGACUGCGCGCGCCACACGUGCGCCGACGGCCAGUUCCGGUGCGGCACCGGCUUCUGCGUGUCGGCGCACUACCGCUGCGAUCAGCACAGCGACUGCAUGGACGGCAGCGACGAGGCGCACUGCCGCGCCGCCGACUGCCCCAACGGCACAUUCACGUGCGCCAGCAGCGGCCGCUGCGUGCCCGCGCACUGGUUCUGCGACGGCCAGCGCGCCUGCGACGACGGGCGCUGCUUGUCGGCCGCCGCCUUCUGCGACGGCGCCGAGGACUGCGCCGGCGGCGAGGACGAGGCGGACUGCGGCGGCGUGUUCUGCCGCGGCACCCGACACCGCAUCGACCCGCGCUGGCUGUGUGACGGCGAGGCCGACUGUAGCGACGGCUGGGACGAGGCGCAUGCGCAGUGCGCCGGCCGGCCGUCACCGAGCUUCGAGACGCCGCAGGCCGGCCGCUGCCGCGACGACCAGUACGCAUGCGCCGACGGCUUCCGCUGCGUCGACGUCGGCGAGGUGUGCGACGGCGUGGCGCACUGCGCCGACCGCAGCGACGAGGGCGGCCUCUGCGGCGAGGCCUGCACCACGGGCAUCUGCGCCGACCGCUGCCGGCCCACGCCCACGGCGCCCGUCUGCGGCUGCGCCGACGGCUUUGAACUGCGUGACGACGGCAAGACGUGCCGCGACGUGGACGAGUGCGCGCGUGGCGCGCCCUGUGCGCAGCUCUGCAACAACACAGAGGGCGGGUUCCGGUGCGACUGUCGGCCGGGCUAUUGGCUGGAGGCGGACGGCGCCCGCUGCCGCUCCACCGUCUCGCCCACGCUGCUUAUGACGCGCGCCGACUCCGUCAUCGCCGACCACGUGCGCAGCCGCUCGGUCAACCUCGUCUACCGCACCACCAACGCCACGCUCGCCUUCACCGACUACGACGCCUGGACGCAGACGCUCUACUUCUAUGACAGCUACCAGGGCGGCGUGUUCGCAGCGGCGCGCGGCGGCGUGCUGGCUGACGGGACGGGCGCGGCGCGCGCCGACGGCGAGGCGGCGCCCCGCCUGCUCGUCACCAACGUCACCGGCCUAACGGCGCUGGCGCUCGAGUGGACGACCAAGAACGUGUACCUGGCCAGCCGACAGGGAGACGCGGGGGUGGGCCGCUGCGGCGGGCUUGACUUGGACCGCGCCUCCGGCCGCGUCUGGUGGUUCGACAGCCACUACCACCGGCUGGGCGCGACGCCGCUGGCCGGCGGCGGCGCGCAACGCCAGCUGGACGUGCCCGGCAUGCACCAGCCGCGCGGCCUGGCCGUGUUCGAGGACUGGGCGUACGUGCGCGGCGCCAUCGUGCCGCUCGUCAACGGCUCGGCCGACUAUUGCGAGACGGUGCACGACACAAAGAUGGAGCAGCGCGCCGUGGACGUGGUGCACCGGCUGCGUCAGCCGCUGCUGCUCGGCUUGGAGAAUGGCGCAGAGAGCGCAUGCCGCGCGCACGCCCGCUGCCGGUACAUGUGCCUGCCGCACGCCGGUCAGGUGGCCUGCUACUGCCCGGACAACCAGCCCGACUGCCAGGCUGAGCUCGGCACAGCGACCGGCAGCGCUGGCGCCCGUGGGGCCACCAUCGGCACCGUGCUCUGUCUGACGGCGCUGCUGCUGGCGGCGGCGGCGCUCUGGCUGCGCCGGCGCCAGCGGCGCCGCGCGUCCCGGCCCGCCGCGCACAACCAGUUCCAGAACCCGACGUACGACAUGACGCCGCCGCACGAGGCGCCCGACCUCGGCGCGCCAGCCACCUGGCUGCGCGACGCCGACGGCGACAACAACAAUGCCGACAGUGGCGGCGGCGGCGGCAAGCGGGCGGCCGGCACGGACCCGGCCUCGUUCGGCUCCAUCUACGACGACGGUCUGAAGAUGAAGGGCGGCCACAUCGAGCUGGGCCUGGGCGCGCGCAGCCAGGACUCCGGCUUUCUCGAGCUCGGCUCCGUCGGCUUCUCCUCCAUGGAGCGGCUAGUGCAGUGAGUCUCACCGAGGCACGACUCCAGGCUCGGUCGCGAGGUUUCGCAGCUAGCGGGCGGUGCCGACCGCCGUCGCCGCCGCCACCGCCGCCGGGGCUCGCCGAGUCUACCCCCCUCUCUCUCUCUCUCGUUGGCGUGGUUUGAUCUAGCGAGCGGUCGUGAGUCGAGCUCUGCCAUCUUCUGGGAACGGACAGCGCAGCGAUGCUCUUCACGUGGUGCGCUGGACGCGGCGACGGAGGAAAGGCGGCGGCGAAAGCUGGCAACCGAAGGCAGGCGGGGACCGGUUCUGGAGCUCGGCAGACAGCUUGGCGGACGGCAGCGGCGGCGGCAGCGGGGACGGCAGGACAACUGCGGUGCAAGCGUCGCUGGUGACCUGGGGCGAUACGCUCAGGAGUCCGACCCUGCGCUGAGCUUUGUCUGGGAGAUGGAAGUUUUGUGGGAGUGGGAGUUGUAUACCGCCAGUAGGGUGGGUGAGGUGAGCCGACGGCACAGGGAGGGCCGGUCGUUCAUUCGAUGCCCGUAAGUGGAUGGUAUUGUU